AUGGCGCUCCCGAACCUUCGUCGUCUGUUUGUCGAAGCGCGAACGGAGGCUGAAGAAAAUGAAUAUUCCCGCAAUGCUUUCUACAAUCUGGUGUUGUUCAUCUCGUCGGUCGCAGUAUUCAGUCUGGUUGCUCAGCGGAUGAGCGGUAAU